AUGCAACCUAUUCAGCCCCCUCAGAACUGCUCCAUAGAGGAAUUCCUCCUCGAGGAAAAGUAUGGGAGACAUGCCAUUCAGGCAUCGCUAAAUCCCUUCACUUGCGGCUUUACAUCAAAGACCCGGACAACAGUCGAGGCCAAGCAGUUGGUGACAGAACUCGCCCAAGGGCUUGGCGAUAAGCUCGGAUGGCAUGCAAUCCCUAGUGAUCAAUUGGAGAGGGUGGUUUAUCGAUACGGUGCCAGUUGCGUGGGCGAUUCAUCGUUUAUCCGGGAUUGCGACCCCAGCCAGCAGCCUUUCAUCUGCGACAGAGCUAUCCUCGCAACUUGUCUCGUCAAAUGCAAAGGCCAUCUUCACCUCUCCAGCGCUUCUCCAAACGGCGCUCAAGGCUACUCGCGCGACAAAGAUUCCCGACAGCCAUGUAUUUAUCAUCGAACCGACAGAAACGACGCCAAGGCCCGUCCAUUCGCAACCCUUCAAAUCUGUUCAAGACUUAGUAAAUCUGGGGAGGACUCUGCCCCUUGUGGCCCAGUCGAGAUGGCAAGAUUCUCGUCAGAACCAGGAGCAGCUAGCGUUCUUGGCCUUCUCCAGUGGGACAUCUGGCUCACCGUGGCCAAAUAUGACCUGAGUAGUUCGGUGGAGAUGUUCAUCGGUGCUGCUCCUCUCGGCCCAGAGAUCCUCGUCAAAACGAGAAAGUUGUUCCCAUACUGGAAGGUUCUCCAGGGCUAUGGCGCUGAUGGACUCUCGAACAUAGGGCUGACCGAAGCUGGGGCGGUGGUAAGCCUUUCACGCAGAGACGAUAUUUGGCUAGGCUCGUCUGGAGUACCUUUGGACGGCAUUGAAUGCCGCUUACUUUCCGACGACGGCAAGGAGCUCAAGGAUCUGGGACAUCCUGGAGAACUUGUUAUCAGAUCGCCAGCCCUUGCCAGUGGCUAUUUCUGCAAUGAGGAGGCUACCCAGGAGACAUUCCAGAAUGGGUGGCUACGCACUGGAGAUCUCGCGCUCCUGAAAAGAAGCUCCAAGGGGAAUCUACAUUUAUUCAUUGUAGAUCGUAUUAAGGACCUCAUCAAAGUAAAGGUACCAUGGUCAUCACUCGGUUUUCUUCUGAUAGUCCUGGCACUGCUGACUUUACUAUUGUCCCAGGGGAUGCAGGUGUCGCCCACAGAGCUCGAAGCGCAUCUUCUCCUCCACCAUGGGGUUGAAGAGGCCGCGGUUGUAGGUAUAGACGACCCAGUCGCCGGUGAGAUCCCCAAGGCGUUCAUUGUGCGAUCGACAAGCAGUCAGGCGCAGUCCACCCAAGACCUGUCAUCCUCGAUCAAGAAGCACGUGGAAGAGAACAAGGCAAAGUACAAGUGGUUGAGAGGUGGCAUUGAGUUUGUUCAGGAGUUACCAAAAACGCCCAGCGGUAAGAUCACUCGCCGAGCCCUGCGUGAUGCCGCAAGACGCAAAGCCAAGAGCGUAAAGACAGGCUCCCAUCUGUAG